UUUUUCAUUAUCGCCUCUUAUAAAAUACUUUCCUAAAAAUAUUUAGCUUAAAAUACUUUGUCCAUAUUCCGAUUAACGUCUAUUUAUAACUUUUUAAUCCUCUCACGUGAAAAUUGUUGGAUUACCCGAUGGAUUGCCAUCAUCACUUCAGUUUGGUACUUCGAUGAGUAUACACCAUGCUACGAUGCACCGUUAUUAAUUAUUGUAAGUACGUAGAUAAGAUUUUAAGAAAUCGUCUAGAGCUGAAUUAUUCUUAUUUGAGAAAGUUAUCGAAAAAUGUAUUUUAAAUUCCAAUACAAGAAUGACAUUUUAAAUUUAUGUAGGCAUCUAGUAUAGGUACUAGGUAGCUAGAUAUCUUAUCAAAAAAUCAUAAAAAUGAUGACUGUACCGAAAGAAGCAAUUCGCAGGCAAAUAAUUACCUUGAUUCCAGUUUACAUGAACGUAUUCCUGAUGGGUUGUGCCGACGGAUGGCUUCCAAAUGCAGUCUAUUUUUUUCUAGUAGACGACGAGGUAAGGACGAGUUCUUCGAAAUUCCCACUAAUAACUUUGGUGUUCAGUGAUCUUGGAAAAAUCGUAUUUGCAAUACCAGCAGGAAUCCUAGUGGAUAAAUAUGGAAGGAAAAAUAUCAGUUUAUGGGUUGCUAUUUCAACGUUUUUUGCUUGGUUUGGACUUUCAUUGAGCUCAUCUCUAGUUGCACUUUACACUGCAAGAUUCGUUUUAGGAUUGGCAGAAGCGAUGAUUUAUUCAUCGUCGCUCGUAUCCAUCGGUGAAAUAGCAUCUCCAGAAAUUCGCGGACAGCUGACUAACAUAGGUUUGAUAUUUAUCAACGCCGGAUUGAUAUUACCAUCGAUCGUCAGCGUAAUAUUCGGAUCGUAUAAAUCGUUAGCGUGGGGUAUUACCUUCUUUUCGAUUUUAAAUCUCUUAUCAAUGAUUUGGGCAGUUGAAACGCCGAGCUAUUUAGUCAGCGUAUCGAAGCUAAAACAAGCAAAAAAUAACCUACAAGAAAUCAGGAAAGGAUACAACGUAAACGAUAUCGAUACAGAAUUCGAGAAAUUACACAAGUACAUAGACGAUGAGAAAAAUCGAAGGAGUAAGCUCACUUGGGUAAAAUUCAUCAAGUCGAAAGCAAUCAGGAAACCUUUGUUGAUUGGUAUCCUACUAAACGUGAUCACGGUUUUUAUCGGAAGUAGCCUAAUAAAAGUUUACAUCACUGUGAUAAUUCCAUCCAACGAAUUAGUACCGAAGAAAUAUUAUCCUUUGAUUAUUCAAGCUCUCUUACUUCUCAUCUCUUUCUUCACAACAUUCUAUGUCGACAAGUUUCCUCGCAGGAGUAUAUUCCUUUUCGGUGCCAUAUCAGUUUUAAUAAUUAACGCGAUUUGCGCAUUGGCGAAUUACAUCGAUAUUGAGAAUGAUCAAUAUCAAAGCACUGCGAAUGUUUUCAAGUGGAUCUUCAUAUUCGGUAACCUGUUAAACAUGAUAUGUUACAAUGCUGCGAUACAACCGAUGAAUACUGCUCUGAAAGCCGAACUUUAUCCUCAAACGAUGAAAGGAUUCUGCGGAUCGGUUACAGUCAUAUGUCACGCUGUAGCCACCAUAAUCUUGUACCAGUUGUAUGACUUUGUGAAAGAUUAUUUAGAAUUAUCACUCGCCUAUAUCAUGUUUUCGAUCAACUCUUUGUUGUUAAUUUUAGCCGUGUAUUUUUUUGCGCCGGAAGGUCGAGGAGCAUCUUUGACUGAUCUGCAAAUGAAAUUCAAAGAAUCGCAGCGAUGUUGUCGUAAUGACGAAGAAAAUUUGCGAAAAUGAUGAUUUUUCGUUCUUCCGGUGUGGAUUUAACACUAAUCUAAUUGUACCUAUAUGUAAUUUGGUAUAGAGUAUAGACGAUUUCAAAUAUAG